GCGGGGCCAGCGCUCCGCCAUCGCGGCAGCGGUGGGGCUCGGUUUCCCCGUUUGCUUCCCUGUGUUCUCUGGCCUCCCGGGAAGUCGCUCUGUGAAAACAAGAACGCUUAGCCCGCCCCCGCGGAGGGCGGGGACCACACUCCGCUAGCUUUUUCGCGCGGCCUGUGUCUCGCCCCGGGCCUGGUGGCAGUUGCGGUGUAGGCCCCGGCGCCAUGGAUCCGUUUUUGACUCUGCUGCACUCUGUUUCCUCGAGCUUGUCGGACAAAGAGCUUUCUUCCCUGAAGUUUCUCUGCCGGGGGCAAUUUGGGAAAGGGAAGCUUGAGUCCGUCCGAAGUGGCGGGGAGCUCUUCACCAUCCUUCUCGAGAAGCAGCUGAUUACAAACGACAGUGUAGCGUUUCUUAAAGGCUUGCUUGAGACCAUUAAAAGAGAAGAUCUGGUCUUGCAGUUAAAGCAGUUCGUAGAGGAAGGAGAAGUUAGUGCUCCUGAUGAUCAGCCAGAUGUGCAUGAAAAACGUCUUCAGAAGGUAGCUAUUGAAGUCAUAUGUGAAAAUGUUGGGAGAGACUGGAAAAUGCUGAUGCGAAAACUUGAGAUUUCUGAAGUGAAAAUGGACAGAAUAGUGGCAGCCAAUCCAUUUAACUUGCAUGAACAGUUGACUCAGUCGCUUCGAGAGUGGCAGAAAUGGAAGGGAAAAGAUGCAAAGGUGACUGACUUAAUAAAAGCGCUUCGGGAAUGUAAUAUGAAUUUGGUGGCAGACAAAGUUGAACAGAAGCUCUUGCCACUGAACACUGGAACCGGGUGAAAUCGAUAUAAAACACUUCCACAUCCCAUAGGUAUGGAUGAAAAAAAGUAAAAGUGCCUUCUACUCUUCUAAACCAAAAUCAAUAUCAUUGCUUCUGUUACUUACUCUGCCAUUAAUUUAUGUGCCUUAAUAGGUUUAUUUGUGGUCAGAUGAAUAUUCCCAUAAAACCAAAUUCCUUUCAGGUAAUGCUUUGUAGCUUGAUGCUUUCUUUAAGAGAUUAUAACUUCUAGAAGACCUAAACUCCAUUUUGUAGAAAUUCUCACACUUUUCUACCACCCUUCUGAAAACAUUUGCUUUACUGCAGGUGCUUUUCAUAUAUAUAUUUUUUUUUCUUCUGGCCUGUUAUAACUGUAGUGUAAAAGGGGGAAGGAGUAGAUCUCUUAACUGUGUACUGAGUUUUCUUUUUUGGGUAGUAUAAUAUUUUCCAUAAUUUGUCAAAUACAUUUGCUCUUUGUGAAAGGUUACUAAGACGACUGUAACUUCAGGCCCCAAGAUUUUAGCACAAGAGAGCUAGUAACUACUGUGGUGGCUUUUUCUUGGCAGAAAAUGUGCCCAGAUUGAAAAUGAACUAGUUGAAAUCAAAUGUCUGUAUCAGGUGCCCUCAUCAUUCUGAGGGAAAUGUUCUCCUGAAACUAUCAAAGAAAUUGUAUGUGUCUCAGAUCUUUAUAGCAGCCUCUUUUUACUGCCAAGAGUUUUUUAAGAUUCUUUACUAGGAAUCCUUCCAUAACCUGUAUCACAGAGUCUGGUCACAUCUACUGGAAGUUGCAGCUCACCUCGUAAGUAAGCUGCAGUUAUUCUGUGCUCUUGGUAACAAAAGUGUGUACUGUAACAAAAACCUAGAAGAGAAAUUGGUUUCUUUUUAGUGGAGGGGUGUGAAGGCCUACUGAGAGCAAAUAUAUAGUACAGCCUUUUCUUUAGUAAUAUCCUGUGAAGAUCAGCUGUCUUUCUCCACAGUUUGUGCUCUUCAAAGGUCACUUCAGAUCCAAUGGUUCUUCCAAGUCCACUGCAAUUUUUUAGUUCAUUCCUGUUCUUUGGCAUUUUUUGAAAGUGGUUGUAACCAGCUCAUAGAGGAAAGAGGACUUAUGAAUGAGACCAGAUUCAGUUUUCAACUUUAAUUUGGAACAGACUUCAAAAAAUGGCCUUCACACCUAACCUAAGGCUGAAAAAAUUGCACAAGCUUCAAGACAUGCAGGGCUGUAGAGGCCUCUCCUGUGCAAGGGGGACAAGUCCUCUGAAAUCGUUAUUGCUUGAAUGAGUAGGAUUGUUUGUUCCUGCAAACGUCCUUCUAACUACUUAAAUAGAUACUUGAGAGGCUUCUUUGCUACUGUACCUGUGUGACUUUUAGCUCCUUUCAGGUUCUUUUUACAUGGUGCCAUUACUGUGAAGGCCGGGUGUCAGCAUAUAAUGUGCCACUACUCUGCAUAAAUGUUGUGACAUUGAUAAUUUUCAAGUUUUUAUGUAGUUGGUGCCUCUAGUUUAGAUAAUGACACUUGAAUAUUUGAUCGUAGUUAAUGGAAACUGCUGUAAUGUGAACUUACCUUUUCAUUAAGGUUUUUCCCUAAAUGAUUCUCACAAGUAUUUGUCUAAUCAUUGUAUAUUAAAUACCAGUGAUUGUAUCCAAGCAAAGGUGCAGUGGGUAAUACAGAAGGUCCCACUAGUUGCCUUUUGGGCACGUACAGCUCUCUAAGUACUUGCCCAAUGCUUGCCAGUAUCAGUUGUCAAUUCCAGUCUUCCGGUAGGAGAUAGAGUGCUGUACUUCAGCUAAAUCACUAGCUCAAAUGUUUUGGAGGUUUUUAUCUAAUAAGUGCUGUCUUCAUUUUAUUGUAUUUAAAGAAAAUGAUUGCUUCAGACUUUUUUCCUUCAUGCCUCUAAGCAAUCUUUGUGAACAGAAUGGAAUAGAAGCAAAGUUAGCAUGAUGAAUUAUGUUUGUGGUGAAACAGCUCUGCAGCAGUUCCAAGUUCAAUCUGUCUGGUAAUGUGUUUUCCUUGUAAGUCUUGUGGUUCACAGAAGAUAGAUUUAUCUGGACUAUGAAAAGAAGUAUACUGCCUAUUACACAUAACUAGGAUAUUUUAAGAAUCAGUAGGAAUAACUUGUAUCAAGCACUCAUCAGCUACAAGAAAUAUUCUGCCUCAGAAGAUAAAAACCUUUUGUUUCUUUAAUAAACACAGUGGAUAUUUUACUGCAUAUGAAAACAAUGACCUAGACUGCAUAAAUCUCUGCAGUACCUCAGGGCCAAUUAAAACUGUUUUUAUUAGAGAUUAAAAAGUUGAUUAUACGAGAACAAAAAUGGAACAAAAUGGAGCAAAGGGAACAAUAACUUUUUAUUGGGAAUAGGGGGGGGA